CCCCCCCAAAACAAGCCCUGAGGCUGUGGAGGAGGGGCGGCUCUGCUCCUCUUAUCAAGAUCUGGGGGAAUGAGGAAGGAACUUCAACCCCCACCCCGGGGGAGGUGGGAGCUCAGCAGGGGGUCCCCCCCCACUGGGAGGGUUCAGAGUGGGAGAGGGGGUUGGUUUGUCCCAGUCCAGCCCAGUUUGAUCCCAGUCCCAGCACUGGGCAAGAGGGAGGUGGAGGUGGGUGCUCAGGACUGGGACACCCCCCAAAACUGUUGGAUUCACCCCCAAAACCAACGGAUUCCCCCUUGGAAUCAACAGAACACCCCCAAAAUCAACGGAUUCACGCUCAAAACCGACAGGUUCACUCACAAGAUUAAGAGAUCUCUCCUCAGAAUUGACAGAACACCCCCAAAAUCAACAGAUUCCCCCCCAAAAAUCGACGGACCCCCCCAGAACCAGCAGGACUCCCCCCAGAAUGGAGACCCCCGCUCCCGCCCCCUCGGGCACCCCGUGGCCCCCCCGCGACGCGGCGCUGGCGGCCGCCGAGGUGGGGGUCUUGGCCGCCAUCCUGGCCUUGGCUUUAGGGGGCAACGUCCUGGUUCUGGUGGCUCUGAGACCCCCGAGAGCCAGGGGAGGGGCCGGGGGCUGCCCUCGGCCGGCGCCCCCCCUGCGCCGCUACCUGCGGCACCUGAGCGUGGCGGAUCUGGGGGUGGCCGGGGGGCAGGUGCUGCCGCAGCUCCUGUGGGACGUCACCGACCGCUUCCGAGGCCCCGACCUGCUCUGCCGCCUCACCAAGUACCUGCAGGGCGUCGCCAUGUUCGCCUCGGCCUAUGUGGCCGUGGCCAUGGCCUACGACAGGCACCGCGCCAUCUGCAGGCCCCUGGGCGCCCAGAGGAGGAGGAAGGGGGCGAAGAGGGGAGGCGGGGAGGGGGGUGGCUGCUGGAGGGAUGGGGACGGGGGGAAUGUGGCCGGGGCCCAGGGCCGGAGGGACACGUGGGAUGGGACAUGGGAACCUGCAGGGGGGUGGGAACAAGGCAGGGACAAUGGCACUGCCGCAUCUUCCCAGGGACCCCCCGGCACACCUCCCACCCCCAGUGUCACCACGAGGUCCCUGUCACCCCCGCCUAGCCCACAGGUUGCAGCGGGGGGGUCGUGGGACACCAUGGGGGAGUCUCAGGUCACUGUGGGGGAGUCUAAAGCUGCUGAAGGGGGGUCUCAGGCCACCACAGAGGGGUCCUGGGCCACUAUGGGGACAUCUAAAGCCACUGAGGGGGGAUCCCAGGCCACUGUAGAUGGGUCCUUGGCCACUACAGGGGGUUUGCAGGCCACCAAAGACGGGUCUAAAGCCACUGAGGAUGGGUCUAAAGCCAGCGAGGGGGGGUCCCAGCCCAGACCAGCCCAGCCCUGGGCACCCACGAGGUGGAUCCAAGUCGCCCUGAGCCAGAGCCGGGGUCACCUGAGGUCACAGAGUGGCUCCGGCCCUUUGGGUACCUGCAGAUGGGCUCAAGUGGCCACCAGCCGCGCCAGGGCCGGCGUGAGGAGGUUGGGGUGGAUUUGGGGCCGGGCCAGGAGGCGCUGGGGUCCCCUGGCCACGGCCUGGACGUUGGCUCUGCUCUUCGGCUUACCCCAGGUGGGGAUUUUCGCCAGGAGGGAAGUGGGGCCGGGGGAGGAGGAUUGUUGGGCCACGUUCAUCCAGCCCUGGGGGGCUCGUGCCUACGUCACCUGGGUGGCCCUGGCCGUGCUGGUGGCCCCGGCGGCUUUGCUGGGGGGGCUGCAGGUGGCCGUGACCAGGGAGCUGGCACCGGGGGGGCGUCGGGUCGGGCUGGCCAGAGCCAGGGCCAAAAGUCACCGGAUGGCCAUGGUGGUGCUGGGGGUCUACGUGGGGUGCUGGGCGCCCUUCUUCUGCGCGCAGCUCUGGGCCGUGUGGGACCCCCGCGCGCCUGUUGAAGGUCCCGCCUUCACCAUCCUGAUGCUGCUGGCCAACCUCAACAGCUGCACCAACCCCUGGAUCUACGCCGCGUUCAGCACCAGCCUGUCCCGCGCCAUGGGCCGCAUCCUGUGCCCCUGCCGCCGGCACACAGCACCGCCCUGAGCCGGGCACACCUGCGGUUGCACGAGGAGGGGGGUUCUUGUGCCACGCGGA